GAAGAUGCUGCUGUUCUGGGGACCACUGCUGUGCUGGGGGCUGCUGCCCCCGGCUCAAGGCGACGCCCAGCACCCCCUCUGCCUGCGGAUCAGCAUGCAUCAGCUGAGGACAAACAUCUCAGACCUGCUUGCGGAACACCAGGUCCUGGAGCGCAUGAUCAAGGUUCCCCUGACCGGAGAGGGCACCGGCGUCCUGGACCACCUGCCCUACGUGAGCACAGGCCUCGCCAAGAAGAGCAGUGGGCUGGACCUGUCGCUAGUUGGGGACCUGCUCUCGGGCAGGAGCCUCCCCGUGCUGGGCAAGCUGCUCCAGGUGGGCGGGUUGAUCAUAGAAGAUGCCAGAGGACCCGAGGUCACCCUGAAAGUCCUGAGUGACAGCCUGCUGCAGGUCACAUUUCGGUGCAAGCUGUACCUCUCGCUCCGGGGGAUCCUGAGGCUCAAGGUCCUCAAGAAUAUCCGUGCUGGGGUUCGGGUGGAACAGAUGGGGAGCGAGCCCCAGGUGGCCCUGGAGGAGUGCCAGACGCCACCAGGAUACCUGAGCAUCACAGUCCUGGAGAAGACGGACACCCUUCCUGCCUACCUGGGGAACAGCGUUCUGCAGUUGGUGACAGACUUCCUGGAUGGAGUACUGCCCUUCCUCCUACAGAAGAUGGUGUGCCCCCCGGUCUCGACCUUACUCACCUUGCUGCUGGGAGACCUAUUGCAUAUCCCGCUGUCCCCGACCAUCUCGGGCCAAGAAGGCUUCCAGUACUAUGUGACCACCACGAGGUUCACAGAGGAGGCGGUGGUGAUGGAAGGCCAGCUCGUGACCCCCUGUGGCCCCGGCCAGAGAGCCCCAGUGCCUGACCACCUGGACUCCAGGUCCCUCCCCACAUUGGCCCAGGGCAGCAUGGCAGACCUGGCCUUUCGGCCGGAAACCUACAAUGGCAUCCUGUCCUGCCUCCACAAGAGCAAGGAGAUCCAUGUGGAUCCCCAGGACUCCAUGGCUGCUGCCCUCAUUCAGCUGCUGGCACAGAGAGAGCUGGAGUCCAGCGCCAAGGCUUCUAAUCAGUCCAGAGGACACGUGGAACUGACCAUCUGCACCCCAGAUGCUCCCACAAUCCACCCUGAGGGUGACGCAGCCAAAGUCAUCCAGGAGGGCUUCUUGGUGCUGUCAGGGUCCAGCCACACCCUUGUCUCCAUCCCGUGGACACUCCUUUCCAAAGCGAAGUUUAUCUCAAGAAAUCACAAGUUAACACUCCAGUUCACUCCAUACAGCUGCCACAACCUGAAAGUCUUCUUCUUCUCUAGUAGCACCAAGAUCACCCUCGGUGCCUACCCUGGAGUCGCAAAGCAAGACGCACGGCUAGAGGCCCUUGUCUCAGAGCUUCUGCAGGGCAAGUUUUGUCCUCAUUACAAUGAGGUACUCAAAGAACAAGACCUUCCACUGCCUAAGAUCAAGGGCAUCUCCUUCAAGAGGGCUCAAGUGGAGCUCUCCAAGUGGGAUGAGCCCAAGAAGAGGCUGUUGGGAGUUGGUGGGUGA